UCCUGAACCCUCUCAUUGAGAAUGUGUCCUGAUGUUUUCACUGUAGAGGCGAAGUCCUCCAAUGGUUCCUGCAGACAUCUGGAUGUUUUAAAGCAUCUGAACUUGACCGAAAAUAAUGAGCUGUUCUCCAUGACCCGGCCUGGGAGCGCUGAAUCGCCCACAAAGGUAUUCCUGGAUGUACUACUCUAUGCCAUUCUAGACAUGAACGAGAAGGACCAGAAAUUUGUUUCAUACGUUUGGAUUGAUUCGUGGUGGCAGGGUGACGACAUUUCUUGGAAUCCUGAUGACUUCUGUGGUAUUCAGAGGAUUUAUCUUCCUACUAAAUUAUGGUGGAAGCCAGAUGUAACUAUUGAAGAGAUGAUAGAAAAGGACAAGGCCGAUCAGAGUCCUUAUCUCAUGGUUAACAGUAGCGGUUGCGUCAUACUCAGAAAGAACAUGGUGGUGGUCAGCACCUGCAGGAUGCAAAUUGACAAAUUCCCCUUCGACAUUCAGAGCUGCACCCUCACUUUCAAGUCUGUCAUAUACUCUGACGAGGAUAUAGAGUUGGUUCCGUCAGGUGACAUCUCAUGGAACUUAGAGUGGUCUCGCAAGAUGAUGCGGACCCAGUCCGAGUGGCUGUUCCACGACUUGACCAUGGACAACAAAACUGUUAAUAAUUUUGGCUUCAACCAAAGCAUGUUGGUUUACACUAUCAAGAUGCAGAGGCAGUCUGCCCUCUACGUCGCCAACUUCUUGCUACCCAUCAUGUUCUUCUUUUGUCUGGACAUGGCCUCCUUCCUGAUCUCAGACAGCAGCGACGAGAAGCUCAGCUUCAAGGUCACUGUGCUGCUCGCUGUCACCGUGAUGCAGCUUAUUCUCAAUGAGAUUCUGCCUUCCUCUUCAGACAUGAUUCCUCUUAUAGCGGUCUACUGCAUUGGGAUUUUUAGUUUGAUGAUGCUGAGCCUCAUGGAGACGAUUUUAGUGAUGCAUCUGAAGGAGAAAGACUCUGCAUCCCAAGACAACGAGGGUAGCAGCAACCAACUGACGGAGGAGUCCUGUGACUUUGAGGAGCUCUCAGACGAGCAGAGGGAGGCGGUGAAAACUCUGACUCUGCUCUUCAGCUGCAGGAAGGAAGAAGGGAAGCCCGGCUACUGGACCGGAGUGGCUAAAACGAUCAACAGAGUUUUCUUCAUUCUCUACGUCAUAGCUGCCAGUCUGUUUUUUGCCUUCAUGUUUUUCGGUUGGAAAAGUGACGAAAAUAAUACUGCUAAUAUUUCUGGUAACUGAUGACAAGUUAUGCUGCAGGUCAAAUUGUGCAGCGGCGAAGCUGACCAUUUAUACUGCCAUUUCAGCAUCACCUUGUAUUAUCUUGAACAGGUAAAACAACGACUUUGUUUUAAGCAUGUGUUAUUGAAAACAUAUAUGCAUGUUAAAUACUUAAAGGGACUGUUUGUAAGAAUCAGAAAUUGCUUGUUAACAGUGACACCUGUGUCCGUUAAGUCAACGAAAGUCAGGGUUCCUUUAAAGGUCUCAUAUUAUGCUCAUUUCCAGGUUCAUAGGUGUAUUUUAAUGUUGUACUAGAACAUGUUUACAUGCUUUAAUGUUCAAAAAAACCUUUAUUCUUCUCAUAGUGUCCUCCUCACUCUGCCUGCUCAGAGCCUAUUUUAGCCUCUGUCUGAGAGACCCUGAUUUAGAGCCUGUCUCCUCCUACUCUGCCCUGAUUGGUCAGCGUUUCCUGCUCUAAAGUUAUAACUUUAUUCUCGUAAUAUUAUGAUUUUUUUUCUCGUAAUAUUAUGACUUUAUUCUGGAAAUCUCCAAUUUUUUUUUCCCUCAAUGUGGCCCUAAUAUCCAAUCUUUCCCUUCAUACAAUUCCCUAGUACAUUUUCCUCUGAUUCAGAACAUAUUAAGGACACAAAAUCCAUUGAGUUUGUUUCUAUUGCAUUCGUGUGAGGUUGACUCACAUUUUUAGGUAAGACUAAAAGGCCAGAAAACGAAAACAAUGAGCUGAAAGAUGGUAAAAUGCUCCUCAGAGCUGAGAUGGAGCUGCAGAUUCGGUUGAUAAUUAUCUGUGGGUUCAUCACCACAAGUGACCGCUUUUCACCUAAUAAGUAGUCACAAGAUCCAUUGUUACUGUAACAGUAUUGAUUAGAGACGCUUUAGAGGUGCUCUCAGCUCUUUUGUGGUUUCAAAGUGAUGAAUCAUACAAAUGAGGAGCUCUCAGACUGUUUCUCCUUAAUGGCGUUCAUGACUUUGCACAAUUACUGACUAAAAUGUUAAGAAUGAAAAGAAAACAGAGCUUGAGAGAGAAGUUAAAAAUCUGCCAUACUUUAAAUAUUUGCUUUUCUUUAACAACUGUUUUUUUUUUUAUUAAUGGGGAAAAUCUAAAUUUAUAAAAAGACACGUGCUGACUCCAAAACAAAUUUUGGACAAUUGUGUUAAGAUGGCACCACAAUUAAAUAAUUUAUAUAUAUUCAUAUUUAUACUGCUGUCUAUAUUGUACAUAUUGGAUGUGUUGUGUAUUUACUGUAUUCAUAUCAUAUUCAUACCUCAACCUGUAAUUACACUCUGCAUUGUAUAUUUCAUACUUAUAUUAUACCUGUACUGCUAUAGAGGAUGGAACCUGCCAAAAUAAUAAAUAAAUGAAUAAAUAAA